GGUCUUUUCAUCUAUUCUGGGUAUACUGAUGAUCUCUUAGGAGUUAGACAGAAGUAAGAGAAGUGUAUUGUUUUAUAAUCUAGUAAUAGCCUCUGGUUGCAGAUCUUUCCUAGGAAAUUUGAAAAUGUUUUUACUCCUUUAUGAAAUAAAAAUUUUAGUUUUAUUAUAUAAGGCUUUGUAGUUUGGGUUUAUCUGAAGUAAGCCACCCAUUCACUGGCAUUGAGAAAGACUGUGGAAUGGUUUUUGUGGUCACAUGUCUUUUGAAUCCAGGUUCGCUGGGCAUAUAUCCUGGCUCUGCUAAACUGUAUACAUGACCUUGGGAACUUCCUUUACAUUUCUUGGUCAGUUUCUUCAUUUGUAAAAUCAGUCUGGCAAUAAUGACUACUUCUUAGCUGUUUAAAGCAUUUAGUGAGUUAUUGAAUGUUAAGUGCCUGACUCUUGCUUAGGACUCAAUAAAUGUUAGAUAUUACUAUUAGUGACUACUGUACAAUGAAAUAAGAUUACCUACAACUGUGAAGAUAACUAAUUAAAACAAUAAUCAAGACUGGAAAACAUAUAUUUAUUGUGUACUAUAUAAAAACAUUCCAUCAAGAUAGAAUAAAGCUAUGAAGUCAGACAGAUACAGGCUUGAAAAUUUGGUAUGUGUCAUACUGCAGGUAACUUAGCUGUUCCUGAGCCUUGGUUUUAUCUUCAAAAUGGAGACAAUUCUGCUUUGGAGGACUGUUGUGAGCAGAAACAAGAACAUUUGGAAGAGGCUGGUGUACUCAAUACAAAUGGCUAUUAUACUUUUUAUUGCUACUUGCUUUUCUUGAACUAAAUUUUAAAUAGCAACUCCUCUUUUUUAUGGAAAUCUAGGGAGUCUGAUUUAGAGGAAGUGAGUACAUGCUGUAGAAUGGCCCAUAUGCCAUUUUGCUAUUAGAAUAUGAGUCAUUAUUUCUAAACUUAGUAUUGCUUUAUUUGUAUGUUCCUUGCUUUUCUCAGAAUCCCUAAGUCAGAUCCAACCAUAAACUUUGGAUCAUAAAAGAAAGCAACUUCAAUUAAGUGGAUUUUUGGAGUCACUGCAAGUCACUCAUAUGAGGCUGUCUGACCAAGCAGUGAUGUAAAGAGGGCUAAUAGUAUUUCAGUGAGCAGCUCUGGCAUUUUAUGUUUGUACAGAGUGCUUCUACUUAACGAAAGUUUUAAAUUUGUAUUAUCUUUUGUAUUGAGGUACAAUUUACAUAUGUUGAAAUGUGUAGAUCUUAAUUGUGCAUUCCCUCAGUCCUGACAGAUACAUACACUUCUAUUAAGAUACAGAAUAUUUCCAGAAAGUGUCCUCGUGUCCCUUCUCAGUCAAUCCUUUCUCUUUUCCCAUGCAACCACUAUUCUGAUUCCUAUUGCCUUUGGUCAGCUUUUCUUGCUGUGGAACUUCACAUAAAUGGAAUCCUGCAGCCUUUUGUGUCUGUACUUUUUUCCUUACCAUAAUGCUUUUGAGAUUCAGCUGUAUUAUUAUAUGCAUCAGUAUAGUUUAUUGUUGUUGGUGAGUAGUAUUCCAUUGUAUGGAUAUACCAAAGUUUGUUUAUCCAUUUUCCGAUUAAGAGACAUUUGGGAAAUUUCUGUUACUUCUUUUGAUCAUUAUUGUAAUGUUGUUGGAAGGUCAGAAGAUUCUACUAUCUUAUUCUCUAGAUUAGGAAGCUGGGAUUCAGAGAAGUGAGACAACUCAAGGUAAAUGGGGAACUCGAGAAGAGAACCUGAUUAUCUGGGCCCAGAUCCUCUGCUUCCUUUACUUUCUAUUUUCUGAGCCCAGGUUAUUUUUGGCCCUGACUAGGAGUUCUGCCCUGUCUGACACCAGGAUUUGACCUGACCUGUCUUAUCUUUGAUGGAGAAAGACCUAGAAUAUCAAAAUUUAGGAAUGUAGCCCUAAUCUGGGCUAACCCUUGCCUAAGCCUUAGUUUCUUUCAGGUGCAGUGAAUAGACUUCUUAGGCUGGCUCAAAAGUUGAGCAAGUAGAGGAUCUGGAUUACACCGGUUUAGAUUACAGAAUGCCUGAAGAUAUUCUAGGAGAGCUUUGUCUUUCAUAGUGGCAAAGGGGAAAUAGGAUGAACAUGGAAUAAGAUAAGCGUCUCUUAAAUCCUAGCUCUGCCACCUAUUAGUUGUGUGAGGUUGGGUAACUCAACUCUCUGGGUCUCUUUCUCCGUCUGUAGAAGAGGUAGUACAAUGCUUCCCUCUCAAGUCUCGGCAAGGAAGUUCCUGACACAACCUGUCCUUUCUGUGCUCGAUCAAGGUUGGAAUUAAGAGAGCAUUAUAAUAUGAUAUUGAUAUUGCUGUGGGAUUUUCAUUGUAUGGAAGAAUGAAUUCUUCCCUUUAUCUCAGAAGACAAUUCAUUAUUUAUAGAAUCUGAAUAAAAAUAGAAAAGUUAAUUUGUCAGUAAAGUCCUCAUAAAAAUAAAGCAAGAGAGGGGCAAAGAGGAAUGUGUUUACUUUAAGACAGCUGGAAAAAUGAAUAUAGGUAAAUAGGUCCUUUGAAGACACUCUCUUCCUUCUCAGGAAAAAGGCAAACAUAUUUAGAAGGUUAAUCCUUGUUCAGGAUGCUGAUUAGGCUGUGUGGUUAAAUAAGGUCUGUAGGAGAACCAAAAGGAAAAAGGAUCUUAAGGGAACCCCAUUCCUGCCCUAUUAUGGAUUUAAUGAGGUCUCUGGGUCACAGUUUCUCCAUCUGUAAUCCCUAAAUAGCACUUUUUAAUCACAUAUCUCAGGAUUUGAUGUGAAAUUUGAUGUGUUCAAUUUUCUCAUAAUUUAUAUAGUUGCAAAAAUUUUGCAUAAAAAGAAUAGUAUUUAUGUGUAUUUUAUGUAAUUUAAGGCAAAGUAUGCUGUCCAAGAAAAUCUUACAGUUUAUGAGAAGAUUGACAUGUGAAUGACUUAACAGCAGAAUACAUUAAAUGCUUGUCAUAACAAAAAUUGGCAGGAGUCUUAGAAGAACCUAGAGUUAGAUGAUUAGCUUGGUUCAUAAAAGCUUCUAAAGGAAAUUUCAAAGACUUAAUGACAUCACUGAACUUUUCCAACCAAUAUUGAGAGAAGCUGGUAUGAAAUGAUUCAAGGAGUAUUUACUGCUCUGCAAAACAGCUUUGCCUUUAAUGUUUCCCAAGAAAAGGACAUACUUGUAAAGACUUAAUGCUUGUCCUAGAGAGGAAAAACAAUUUCAACAGUCAGGACAUCAGAGUGGUGGAAAGUAUUCAUGCAGGAAACUGAAUGAUGUACUUUAUUUGUGAAUUUUCAUAAUUAGCAUUGAAACACCGCUACUUUGCUGGCUCAGCUUUUUAAUGUAUCAGAUCCUUUGUGUGUAGGAAGAAAGAAGAAUAAAUGUGUCUCUGAAUGUGGGGUGCUCUCUUUUAAUAAAGAAACUUGAGAGAAAAGAGACGACAAUAGGCAAAUAUGAAAUAAGUUAAAAGAAGUAGGCAGAAAAUAGAGAAAACUGCAUCUCAUGCAGUUGACGUUUAUGUGGCAAUUGCUUGGUUUGGACUUUUUGUCGGAGAACUUUUUUUUCAGAAUUUAUUUUGUGUAUCACUAGUAAGUGUUGCAUAAUUUCCAUAUUUAUUUAUACUAUGGGUCUGUCUCUCCUUCCAGACAUAAAGGACACUUUGAAUUUCAGGUGAUAAUGGAGCAUACAAUCACAGCAAUCAUAUGAUGAAAGUAUGAUUAUUAUUUUUAUUGUCCCUGUGUUACAGGUGAGGAAACCGAAGGCAAGAAGUUGCCAAGUUUAGACAAUUACUACUCACUCUGUCUCAUGACAGCUGGAUCAGAAGUGGGCAACUGAUGGAGUCUGGAUCCAUGAGGAGUUCACGUUGCUAGAAAGGGUGGUGACCAUGACUCCCUAUUCUUAGGGGUGGCAGUGAUUGCAAUGCUUCAAAAUUCAAAGGAGGUGUCAAAAUGGAGGGUAGGGAAAAGGCGUGAGCUCUGCCUUCCCCUUGGCAGUGGCGAAGUGAUAUGGAGUGUGGGCAGGGAGGUGGCGCAUUAUAGGACUCAACACCACGCUCGUUUAUACAUAAGAUUCCUACCCAUUGGAUCACUUGAGGAAAGGAGUUCAAGACCAGCCUGGCCAAUAUGAGUUCAGGCAGAGGACAAUAUGCAAAGAUUGGGAACUAGAAAGAAAACAACAUGCCUGUUUAUUAAAUGAUUAUAAUUACCAAUGUACCAGUUAUUGUCUGGGAGUACUCAGGCCUAUACCUGUCUUGUACCAAUGGGGUAGAACUCCUGAGAACUACCUUCCCAAGAUCCCCUUGACAGCUGGUUUCCAGCCUGGUUCUUCUAAUGGGCUGGACUCCUAUGUAAUGAGAGGGAGAUGGCAGAAGUAACUUGAAGGUCCUAGACUUCUGGUCCCAGCUGCAGAGCUGACAUGCACCUGUGAAUGCUUGCAAGGUUCCAGUGGCAGCAGCAGUGAAUGUGUGCUCUGUGAUGGAUGCCCAUUGUUUAGGGCAGACCAGUGUGGCCUCCUGCAGGUCCUGGUCCCUGAGAGACAUUACUUUCCCCUCAUGUCUCCUCUAGGCCUUCCCCUCGUGUCUCCAACAGUGUUGUAGGUUAACUCUCUGGAUUAGAUUCUUUUCUGUUUUGAAUAAUUAGAGUGCUUUCUAUUUUGCUGAUUGAAUUCUUGACUGUUAUCCCCCUAUAAUAUGGCUGUUCUGGCAAGCUAAAUUAGAGGACAGGAGAGCUAUAAGGCCAGAGGCUUGAAUAGGCUUUUUCAAAACUAAGAUGACUGGAACUGAAGAGAAGAUUUUGAGCAGACUUACCUUCCCUGUCUAGGGAGGAGCUGCUGGAAUGCAGAAAAUGUUAUGAACUUGCUCCAAAGAACCAGAACCACAUAUACGUGCUAAUUAGACUGAAAAACAGAAUAGGAGAGAAACACCAGAACAUGGCUGCAAGCCCUUAAGAAAAAGCAGUCUUAUCUGUUCAUAAAAUGCAGGAUAAUGACCAAUCCAUUGAUCAUCAUCUCCUUCUUACAGGAGGAAGAGUAAGGGGAAUGGGUGGAAGUACCCAACAUGCAUGGGGAGAGCUGGAAACGUCUGCCUCUGAGCUGUGUUGGAAACCUGAGAAGCCUCAAUUAUGUGGAUGUUUACUUGGCUUUGUGCUAUUUUAAUUAUUUUGGCUAUUGCUGGUAUGAACACAAUAGCAAAGACCACACCGUAUACCAAAUUUACGAAGAAAUCUGAGGAAAGAGAGAUGCCAAAGGGUCUAAAGCCAUCCAGUGGCCCACCUCCACAAGAAGAAGAAACCCUCUUCACAGAAAUGGCUGAAAUGGCAGAACCAAUCACCAAACCCUCAGCCUUGGAUUCUGUGUUUGGCACUGCCACUCUCUUUCCCUUUGAAAACUUCACUCUUGACACAGCUGAUUUCUUUUUGAAUUGUUGUGAUUGUUGUUCACCUGUACCUGGGCAGAAAGGAGAACGUGGAGAGACUGGAAAGCCAGGCCCUAAAGGAGAGACUGGGAAUUUGGGGAUCCCAGGGCCACCAGGAGUUGUUGGGCCCCAAGGCCCUAAAGGCUACAAAGGAGAGAAAGGGCUCAAAGGAGAACGUGGGGACCAAGGAAUUCCAGGAUACCCAGGAAAACCUGGAGCACAAGGUGAACUUGGCCCUAAGGGAGAUAAAGGAAACACUGGUUUGGCAGGAGUGAAAGGACAAAAAGGCUCCAAGGGAGACACAUGUGGGAAUUGUACCAAAGGCGAAAAAGGAGACCAAGGGGCUAUGGGCUCACCGGGCCUGCACGGAGGGCCUGGCACCAAGGGAGAGAAGGGGGAGAUGGGGGAGAAAGGCUACUGCAGAGAUUCUGGGGAGAAAGGAGGAAAAGGACAGAAAGGUGAGGCAGGUAUAAAAGGAGAAAAAGGUUACAAAGGGGAUAGUGGAAUGGAAGGCAAAAGUGGUCACAGUGGUCUGCCUGGGGCCAAAGGUGAUCCAGGGGUUAAAGGAGAAAAGGGAGAGUUAGGUCCUCCUGGUCUCCUGGGACCUACUGGGCCAAAGGGUGACAUUGGCAGUAAAGGGGUCCGAGGCCCCAUUGGGAAGAAGGGCUCUCGGGGCUUUAAAGGCUCCAAGGGUGAGGUGGCUAGAGUGCCACAGUCAGCUUUCAGUGCUGCUUUGUCAAAGCCUUUCCCUCCUCCAAACAUCCCCAUCAAAUUUGACAAGGUUCUCUAUAAUGACCAAGGGAGUUAUAGUCCUGUCACUGGGAAGUUUAACUGCUCUAUUCCUGGGACAUAUGUUUUUUCCUACCAUGUAACUGUGAGGGGCCGACCUGCUCGAAUCAGUCUGGUGGCCCAGAAUAAGAGGCAGUUCAAGUCCAGAGAAACUCUGUAUGGUCAGGAAAUAGACCAGGCAUCUCUCCUCAUUAUCUUGAAAUUAAGUGCAGGAGACCAAGUCUGGCUUGAAGUGUCAAAAGAUUGGAAUGGGGUGUAUGUCAGUGCUGAGGAUGACAGCAUUUUUACUGGGUUUCUUUUGUACCCAAAGGAAACUUCUGGAAUUUCACCAUAAGUUUAUGUCUUCAAUCUCGUAGUUUAGAUUUAGUGGAAUAGGUCAAUUAACAUAGACUAGUGCUAUUAAAAAAAAACUUCAAUUUUUUCAAGACUAUAAAAAUAAUGCAGAAAUUUUUUUAAAAAAUGUCUCUUGGAGUCAAUUGUUAUUUCUAUUUUAAGGCACCUCCUUUAAAAAUACUUAUAUAUAUUUCAGAACAUAUGUCAGUAACUUUGUAGCUAGGCUUUAAAAUUUAGCAUUAUAAUAUCAGCAUUAUUCAUGCCAUUUAAGUAUAAUAAUAAUAUCUGUAUACAAAAUAUGAAUGAGAUUUAUAGUUAAUAAAUAUGUUCUUACUAAAUAUCUUCUAUAUCUCAGAUAAAUGUAUGUCACUUCUUUUUGUGUAAAUUGCAUAGUAUGACAGCAAGGUUUUGACUCUCUUGGAUGGGUUGCCUUCUGACAAAAUGGAACUCCUCUCAUGUUGGUUUAAUUCAUGGAGAUGACAGAAAGAGUGGCAAAGACUAGCUAAAGGAUAUUUAACAUUUAUCAGUGUCUAAAGGUUUGCUCACAAAACUUGUAUUAUAUGGACUUGUGUGUUGGGUAAAAUGUAAGAAAAAGUUGAUAAUCAUAGUGAAGAUGAAAUCAUUAAUCAAAUUAUUGUGCUUAGAAGAACUGAAUGUCCCCAAAAGAAUAAAAUGAAAUCAUUAUUGAUUUG